AUGGCUGUGAAAGAUGGCGUCUCCGCCGAGAAGCAAAACAUAAUAUAUUUCCCCGGAGGCUCUGGAAGCAACCAUGUCCAGCGUCUCAACACCACCACCAAGGAAUGCGAAACUGUCAAGUUCCUUUCGUUUUCGCCACGAUGCCUAGUUGCCGAGAGCGGAUGGAUUUGCUGUGGGGGAGAGACUGGCGAGUUUACGGCGAUUCAGCUCGAAAGCACCGCCGAUGACGGCAACGACCUUGACCUCCAGCUGAACCUGGAACCCGACGCUCGACUACCCCUCGGAUUCGACUCAGAUUCACCGCGCCCCGAAGAUACCGUCUUUUCUCUCGUUGCGCAGUCACGACGGUUGAACAUGAGCAGUCGACUGAAUAAAAGCUACACAGCCAAGAGUCAAAAGCUGGCGCGUGACCGCGUCAAUUGCAUAACUAUGUGGUUCCCGCCUAUCGCUGGUCCUAUGCAUCAUGGCGCCUACACCGAGCCCGCUGCUGUCUUGGCAAAUAACGACAAGACUGUGGUUUUGGUUAGCUUGCGCGACUUCGAGGGUCAGGACAAAGUUGAGCCACUGGAUGUAGUGACCUACCCGGACUACGUCAAUCGUGCCGUAAUAUCUCCCGACGGUCGGCUUCUCGUCGCCAUCCUGGACGAUCCGUUCUUGUAUAUUCACCAUCGUGUUGAGACGACCAUCGACGAAAAUGGUCCUUUCAGGGCGGACGACAAGGCCGAGCAUCGUUGGGAACUGUGCGGCAAGAUCUUGCUGAAGAGUCAACGAAGAGAUGAUGGCUCCGACAGCAGGGGUAGCUUCGCUGCAUGUUUUUCGAACACGGGGGCAUAUCUGGCAGUGGGCACUCAAUACGGCACCAUCUCUAUAUAUGAUGUUGCCGGGCUGACAGAUCCAGAUGUUACCGAUCCUCUGCUGACAUCUUUCACCUCAUCGAGACCAAUGGCAGGCUCUGGAGCUGUCCGUGACAUGGCUUUCUGCCCCGGUCCUUACGAUCUCUUGGCGUGGACAGAAGAUCGCGGUCAUGUAGGCGUAGCUGACUUGAGAUCUGGCUUUGUACAGCGUCAAGUACUGGAUAUCAGUGCGGAGGGCGACUACGAGCACGUUACCGUGCUUGACCGCGCGACUAUUGAUCCGCGUCUUUUGGAAGGUCGUGGCGAGCGGGAAACCGCUUCGCCGUCCCCCUUUGCCGCCCCGCUCGGUAUUGGAGAAAGUCGCCGACGACGAGGAUCCGAAGGUCCGGAGAGGCAUCAUUUGGCCUUGACACCCGAUGAGACGCGGGUGCUUGAAGCUCUGCAAGACGAACGUCGGAGAAGAGAGCAGAGAGACCGGAUAGCAGCCCGUAUGGCGGAGCAGGCGGCAACUACGACGCGCGCGGGAAGCAGUAGUGUGUCUCGCAACAUGGUAGAGCAAGGUGAUGCGACCCGUACAACAGGGGAGCGCAGCGACUUCCAGCCUGGCAGUGUAUCUCGCGCCAUCGGGGAUCUCUUAGGUAAUAUCCGAGACUCGCGAGAACGGGCCCAAGAGCGGAUACGCAAUGCCCAUCGGCUUAUUUUACAGUCGAGCCCUGACCGAGAGCGCAUGCUGGGUAUGAUGAAUGCCCAUCCUCCGAGGCGAUCUGCGAGCAUUCGACCCGGUGACUCUUCUGCUGCUGCCCAGCGAACCGCCAACGACUUGCGUAGCUUGACGCCUUCCGGUAGCGGAUGGGCCGAUUUGGAAGCUGUGUACAGCCUGUCUUUCGAAAGUAAUAUUCAAGACCUGCGCACCGCCACCAGAGAUCGUGACAGAGAUCGGUCUUCAAUUUUGCCACUGCUCAACUCCGUUGCGAUCCGCGAGCUAGAGGAGCGCAAUGCUCGGCGACGCGUCGUGCUAGAGCAUGGUGUUCAUGAGGCUCCUCCAGAGCCCGACAACACGGCUGGGAUCUCGUGGAGCGAGGACGGCCGCAUUUUGUAA